AUGAUUUCGCGAAACUUCUUCGCUAUUCUGUUAUUUUUGGCAGUGGCUAUAAUUCCAGGUGAAAUAAUAAUUCAAAUAAAAAUCUUUGAGGUUUAGAAAAAUUUUGAAACGUAUUUUUUCAAGAAUUUUUUGGGCCUAAAAUUCAAUGCUGAUUUUCAGAACUCCAAAUUUUUUGAGAAAAAUUUCUUUCCGAUCUAUCUUUGGUUUCAAUUCCACAAAAACUAAUGGGAAAAGGAGUAUUUGAGAAUUGGGAGAACUUAUCUUCAAAAAUUUUUGAAACGUAUUUUUCCGAAUUCGGAAAAAUUGGCUUGAGCUCUUUCAACAUCUCAAAUUUUCAAGUCUCCAAAAAACCCGAUAUUUCCAGCCAUUUUCUCAAUAACCUGCUACGAUUGUCAUUCUGAUCAAGGCGCUUGUAAUGAUGGAGAAUGUGAGGGACUUGUUUGUAUCAAAUUGGAAACUUCGAAUAAAGAUAAUGGUGGGUCAGGGGAAAAAAAUCAAUGAUUUUCGCCAUACGUGGCUUUCAAAGCUCGGCUGCUUGUCGGAAUGGUUCUCUAGACGCGGGUCCUAGACAAUUAGCGUCUCAAGGCUCAGCUACUUGUCAGUACGGUUUUCUAGACGCGAGUGCCAGACAAUUAACGUGUCAAGGCUAGGUUGCUUGGUAUAGUGGUUCUCAAGAGGAACUUACUAGACAAAUAGAUAUUCUCUAAGUUCAGCUACUUGACAUAGAAGCUCUCAAAGAGCCGUGCUUAGAUAUAGUGACGCUCAAGGCACGGCUGCUUGUCAGUAUGAAUAUCUAGACGCGGAUCCUAGACAAUUAGGCUUGAUAGGCGCAGCGACUUGACAUAGAAGAUCUCAAAGCGCCGUACCUAGAUAUAGUGGCGGCUGCUUGUCAGCAUGGUUUUCUAGACGAGGGUCCUUGACAAUUAGGCUUCAGAGGCGCGGCGACUUGACAUAGAAGAUUUCAAAGAGCCGCACCUAGAGAAGUGGUUGCUCGAGGCUUAGCUACUUGUCAUGGUUUUUCAGAGGCGCCUCCUAGACAAUUAGACUUUAUAGGCUCAGCUUCUUGCCAGUAAGGCUUUCUACACGCGGGUCCUAGACAAUAAGGAUCUCAAGGCGCGUCUCCUUGACAAUUAGAUUCUCUAGGUCCAGCUACUUUUCAGAAUUGUUUUCUAGAAGCUGCGGUUUUCUGAUUCAAAAUUGCUUCAAAAAAUCCAUCCUUAUUCAGACCGUCGAACAGUUCAAAAAACAUGCAGUGACGAAUUCGAAGCACCAACUACACCAUCAUGUCAACAAUCAAUAAUAGGUAGCAAAUUUAUGAGUCGAUGUGUUUGUGACAUGCCAUUUUGUAAUGGUGAUAAGGUGAGCUUUUUUCACUUAAUUUCCCUAACUCAUUAAUCCCCCUAAUAAUUCAGCAAUUAAUGGAUUUUGGACUUGAGCCAACUUCUUCUGCUCCUCCAGCCAGUCAUUAUACACAAUUUGCACUUUUGGUUGCAAUUGUAUUUUUUGUUGGCGCAAGUUGCUCACUCAUUCUUAUCGCUACCAUAUGUGUACAGUUUUGUUAA